AUGAUCUAAAUUUUUCUUAGGUAUUUUAAGAACUUAAGAAUGAAAUACCAAGUGUUGAUAAUAAUUUUACCAAUACUCAUUUUAACAAUGUUAUUGGUUGGAUUAACUAACUAUUUGUAAUCUACUGUAAUUUUUAAUUUACUUGGAAACUAAUCAAACCAAUUAUUGAUGAAUUAAGAAUAUAAAGCACUUUCCCAAAUAUCUAUAGAAUUACAAACUUAUAUUAAAAAUAAACACAAAUUUUGUAAAUUGAUUCUAUUAAGCAUUUUAGAUAUAUCCAGAUUGAAGCACUUAAAUUCAAUAUUCAAUUUUAUUUAGUUAAAUUUGGGAAGUUUUUAAUACAUGAAUAAUUUAAAAAAUUGUAUAAAACUAGAAGACAUAGCAAAUAAUUUUAUAGAGUAUGAUGCACCAUAAUUUUGUUAUGUUGCCUGUGGAUCAGAAGAUAAAAUAACAUUACCUUAAUAAAAUCAAAUGAUAAAUAUCUUUAAUCAAACAACCUAAAUAAUAAAUUAAUUUACUAUAGCUUUGGAUGCCACUGAAAAUUCAUUAAUUUCUAUAGUGGAUUUUACAGAUACAGUUUAUUUUGCUGCCUAUCCUCAUAUGUUUUUAUCACUUAAUUAUAAUCCUCUUACAAGACCUUGGUAAUUGUUUAUUAUUAAAUAAGGUAUAUUAAUCAUAUGGAUGGAUUAAAGACUUAACCUGAAUAACAUUAUUAUUUCUCCCCUAUAUUUAAGAAUUAUGCCAAAAAUAUAUAUUAAAUGUCAAUCACUCAUUCAAUUUCUGGGAAUUCUUCUUCAAAUAUUGGUAUUCUAACUUAAAAUGUUGAAUUAAAUGAUACAAAUAUUAGAGACACUCCUUAUAAUAUUAUAGUAUCUAAUGAGAAUGGUGAGGUAGUCCUUUAAGGUAUAGAAUCUAUAUAAAAUUUGGUAUAUUGAUAGCAUUUAAAUUUUAGAUCUAUAUUAAAGAUUAUAUUUUAUUUAUUAAUGAUACAAAUUAAACUGGUUUCAAUGAUACUGAUUGGUAAUAAAUGAAAAGAGUCGCUUAAGGAGAGGCAAUUCAAAAUUAAUGUAAUGAAUUCAAUACUAAUGCAUUCUGUUUAUACAAUAAAUACUUUAAAAGAUUUGUAAUAGUCAAUGCAACUAUAAUUAAGGAAGGAAGUUUCUAUUUAAUAAUGUAAAUGUUACAAUUUUUAAUUUAUUAGAUAUUCCAAUAUAACUUCCCAAAUCAUUUUAAAUUAAUAGUUAGCUACUAUAAAUCUUAAUUUAUAAGUGUAGUUAUAAUUUAGUUUAUAUGUACUUUUAUUUUCAGGUAUAAUAUUAUUGUUAUUGGCUAUUUUAAUCAUUCAUUAAAUGUUUCUACCUUUAAAAGAUUUUAUGAGAACUCUAUUUUUUUAUAUUAAAUCAAGAGGAAAUAAUAUUAAUAGAGAAAUUUUUUAAUUGUUAAAUACAUAAAAGAGGAAAAGAAAAAAUAAUACAUUUUCAGACUUAAUGAGACAAUUUUUAAAAUUUGAAGCCAAACUAAAUCUUAGUCAAUAAAAUAAAAAUAAAGAAUGUCGAUAUUUUGAAUAAAUCUAAUAUUAAAUUUAAUCUAAAAGUGAACUUAUAAAUCCUUUAGAUCUUAAUUUAAAUAAUAUCUCAAAUGAUUGCUAGAUUAAAAAUAUAUUUGAUUUAUAAAAACUUAAAAUAUUUAAUUUCUGA